CAGGCUCUGAAGAAAAGCGACUGUGUAAAACAUUUUCAAGGGUGCACCGGACAAAAAAGGGGCAAAGAGAUGUCAGGUUUAAAAAUGAAGAAAGAAACUCAUUCCACCGGUUACCAUUUGCUUAGAAGUGAUCCAGUCUUGGCUGAUGAGUUAGAAGAACCACCGGAAUCAAUCCAAGAAGAAGAAUCAGCCGAAGACAAAGCAGCUGCCACCGACAAGUCUCCUCUCUGGAAAGCAGUAGUCAACUUGAUGAGUACCAUUGAGGGAAAAGGCCUGCUCGCACUACCAUAUGUCAUAGCUCAGAGUGGACUAGUGGCCAUAGCAGCAAUGGCAGUUGUGCCAUUUAUCGCUUUCUACACUGGAGCAAUCUUGAUUGACUGCCUUUACGAAAAAAACGAUGAUGGAGAAAGAGUGCGUGUCAGAUCCAACUAUAAACAACUGGGUGAAGCUUGCUCCCCUCGUUUUGGCGGUACCAUAGUUUCCGCUAUCCAGUUAGUGGAACUUUUUCUCCUGGCAUCUUUGUACCUUGUAUUAUUUGCCUCGCUUUCGAGAGGUAUCUUUCCAGAUUUGCCGCUGUCCGACAAAGUAUGGAUGCUUCUCGCAGCUGCGGUGAGUCUUCCAACUUUAUUUGUGAAGAAUCUCUCGCAGGUUGCAUGGAUGAGUUUAUUGAGUGUGAUAGCUUUAAUGGUAGCAGUAGUUGCUGUUUUAGCUUACGGAAUAGCUCAUGAAUACUCAUGGGCCCCAAGGGAAAUCUUGGUGUGGAAUAUAGAUAAAGUGCCCGUUUCGUUUGCAAUCAUUAUCUUCAGUUAUAUAUGCCACCCUGUUUUGCCAGGUGUUGAGGCAAGCAUGAAAAACAAAUCCAAAUAUCGCACAAUGCUUGCCCUUUCAUACCUUUUCGUUGCUAUCGUAAAAGUAGUUUUUUCAGUGUGUGCAUUUUUAUCUUUCAGUUCUAAUAUCCAAGAUGUUAUCGUAAACAGCCUUCCUAUGGGAGUUAUACGUACCCUUGUAAACGCAUUUUUACUUUUAAACGUAAUUUUUUCAUAUCCCUUCUGUGUAAUAACGAUAAUGCAAAUAAUCGAAGAAUCAGUCUCCCUCGAUUCGUUCUCUUGCAAGAUACCGGAUUUUGUUUGUUUUAUUGGCAUCCGAGUUUCAACCAAUUUCCUAACCCUACUUCCAGCAAUUCUAAUCCCACAUUUUGCGCUAUUUAUGGCGUUUAUUUCAAGUUUAACGGGAUCUGCCAUUGCGUUUAUUUUACCAGUAAUUUUCCACCUCGUCAUAAAACAACACGAACUAAAACUAUACCAUUAUAUUUUUGAUAUAUCAGUUUUAAUUUUCGGUUUCCUUGCUGCUGCACUUGGCUUGGUUUACAGUGGGAAAUCUCUUUUUGAGGAUUUGUUCCAUCAUCAUUCAAAUAAGUAA